AGGAGAUGGAAGACCUGCCCACUUCAAGUCUAGUCCUGCCUCGGUCUUCUGUAAUGCCAAUUCAGUUCCUCUGCGACCUUUUUGUGCAACUUUUGAAAAACGUCUGCUCUGGACAUGAAACACUUUUUCAGAUCGUGAAAGCCCUCUGGUGGACAAUAGAAGCCCGUCUACAAUUCAAGCAAGCGGACAGGCGAUGCAUCUUGGCAUGGAUCUGUCCGGCUUCGUCCGAAUCAUAUUUCUGUCCCCAUGCUGAAGUCUAUAAAACGGACAUCUGGAAAUUGUGUGGAAACUGCGGGUGGAUUUAUGAUGGAACAAUCGCUGAUUAUGUGACGAUGACCAGAACUAGUGGGAAAACAAUUUUCACGUAAAUAACAGGGUUCAGCCCCAUACUGUGCAAUGGCUUUCACCCGCCCCACCUACUGUACUGACCCCCCUCCAGUCUUAUCCAAAAAUCUUCCAGCUGGGUACCUCUUCCGCAUGUUCCGUGAGUACCACAACAACUCUGUCAUCAUGGAACAUUACAAUUUCACCGGCAAGCUCAGCAACGACAAGUACCGAGAUGGCCUGAAGCCCGAAGCGAUUUCGUUUCUGAUCAUCUGCCUGCUGAUUGUGCUAGAGAACACCAUCGUUUUAGUCACCAUUUGGAAGAACAAGAAGUUCCAUGUGCCCAUGUACUACCUGUUGGGCAAUCUGACGUUCUCCGACCUGCUGGCAGGGUUCACCUACAUGGUCAACAUCAUUCUUUCGGGUGCCAAGACGCUCAGACUGACCCCGGUGUUGUGGUUCCUUCGCGAGGGCGGCGUCUUCAUCACCCUCGCCGCCUCCAUCGUCAGCCUCUUGGCCAUCGCCAUCGAGCGGCAUGUCACCAUGGUCAAGAUGAAGCCGUACCAGGGCACCAAGAGGGGGCGCAUGUUUGCUCUGAUCGGAGCCAGCUGGCUGCUCUCCGUGUUCCUGGGGGUGUUCCCCAUAAUCGGGUGGAACUGCAUAGGCAGUCUGGACAGCUGCUCCACAGUGCUACCGCUCUACGCCAAAAGCUACAUCCUCUUCUGCAUCACCGUGUUCAGCACGGUGCUCCUGGCCAUCACGGCACUGUACGCCCACAUCUUCCGCAUCGUGCGCGCCAACACGCAGCGGCUGGGUGCCCUCCGCGCCGGCCAGGCCCGCAAAUCACGCAAGUGCAUGGCACUGCUGAAGACAGUGACCAUCGUGCUGGGCGUCUUCAUCGCCUGCUGGCUUCCACUCUUCGUGCUGCUGCUGCUGGACGUGUGCUGCCAGGCGCGCCAGUGCGGCAUCCUCUUCAAGGCGGACUACUUCCUGGGCCUCGCCAUGGUGAACUCACUGCUCAACCCCAUCAUCUACACGCUCACCAGCAGGGACAUGCGGAGAGCCAUCGUGCGCCUCCUCUGCACUCGCUGCCUCGUCACCAAGGAGGGCCGCAUCAAGAAAAUCGCCCUCCCCUUAUUCGAGUGCAGCACCAGUAAAAUGGAGAUGACCUCUCACCAGCAGGGGGGCUUGGACACCACUGUCUCCACAGGCAACAUCUACACAUCCCCAGUGAAGGACCCCCAACCCAAAUCGUGAGUCUGGUCCAAGGGCGUAGAUAUGGGUAUGGACAGUAAGGACAUGUUAGAGGACCAUGUGUGUUUAGGGCUGGGGCUGAUUUGGUUCCUUCCAGCAUUGAAACCAAACCUACACCCGUGAUCUGGGCCCCCAGUGGAUUCAAAUGUACUGGGACAUGAGGUAGGAAUUCGAGACAGGGAAGGGGGAUCAGCCACAUACUUUUUGUUAUAAAUUAUUUGCUGGAGUGACUCACAGAAAACUGAAUAACUAACUGCAUGGAUGUUUUUAAAGAAAUGAACAGUGUACCUGCCGUGAUUAAACUUCAGUGUAUUAAAAGCGGGACACUGGACCAUGGGCAUCAUUAGGUUCCGGUCACCUGGGGCUACAGCCCCAAGCAUUUCAAACCUGAGGCUAAUCUUUUUUGCAAAAAACAAAAAGUCAAGCCAUAAGCAAGCCUGACAGCCCCUGAUCUUUUCAAAAGCUAGAAACGCCUCUGCACUUGACACAUAACUAAGCGCCGAGUGAACAAAUAAAAUUAUCGCGCACUGUGAAAAAGUCACUUUGGCCUCAUACAGCUGGGCGUCGAUUCAUUUUGGUCCUUUUCUGACUGUGCUGAGCUUUUCUGAUCCCGCAGACCCUGAAAUUAGGGAAAAGGGAAAACAGCAGCUUUACAUUCUAUUAUAACAAUGGACAGGGUUGAAAGACGAAUAAACAAAAUCAUUCACCCAUGAAGGAAAGGAAACGACCAAGAUCAAUAAAGCAAUAAUUAGCCUGUUUUAACACUGCAGCAACUUCACACAUAGCAAAGUAGAGGAGGCACACCCGUAUUUUCUGAUUUAAAUUAGUCAUAAACGUACACAAAUUUCCAUGCACUUGUACAAGGAGCGGCGUCAUCAGCCCUUGAAUCAAAGUUUGAUCUUUUAUUGCAUUACACUGAAUUUGGUAGCGGUUUGUGCCAGGACCGAUUCUAAGAUGUCAGACUCGGUCCCCAGACGAAACACAGGACACGAAAACCAGCCCCCCUCCCUCGUCCCACACAAUUAAAACUUCACGAGAGGCGUGGGGGGUUCCCCACCGUACAUUUUGCCGAACUGGGAGGGGAUGAAAUAUAUUCGAAAGUACGGGACAAACCGCUAAAUGGUUUUAGAAAAAAGUAUUUUUCUGGUCUGAGGGAAAAAAGAUGCUGAAAAAAUGGAUAGAUCAAAAUCACCAACGGUUUGAGUCUUUAUGUUUGGCUGUGUGACACAAAAAUGAAUUACAGUUGUACUCCGUCUGAAUAUUUUUAGCGAGAUAUAUAAUGUGGGAUUCCAGGUUCCGGAUACCUGUGUAUGAAUACAACUAGAUAACGCUUAUAACUGUGUAAAUAAAAGUUUUAUCUCUUCGUUCAUAAUAUAUUAUUUUCAUAGUAAAAUAUUUACAAAAUA